GAAUCAGCCUUUCCCACAGACCAAUCCAAGUUCUGGCUGACAGGUAUAAACUAGGAGCCACAUGCAUACAAUGCCAAAUAAGGGCUUAUUUCUUCGGAGGGCACCGCAUUUGUGUGGGCAUCUUGUUGAAUGAAAAAACAUACCGGUAGUCAGAUAUUUACCUUCAACUGGAGAGAAAAUAUGGGUCACGGAACAAUACUGUUGGUGUCUGGGAUUCUCCUGGUUGCCGCGGUAACAGCAACACCCUUCGAAAGAGAGCAGAGUGAUGCAUUAGCUCUUGCGGACUGCCCUCCUCCUCCUGCGGUCCAGAAUGCCGCCUUCAGUCCAGUCCAGUCAUCAUACGCUUAUGGUGAAAACGUUACAUUCACCUGUAAUACUGGUUUUGGACUUCAAGGUAGUCGGAUACAUUAUUGCAGGGGAAGCAGUUGGGAAGGAUCCCUCACAUGCUAUGAACAGUUUUGUGAGACAAUGAAUAAUCCUAGAAAUGGUAUAAUUGUCGGAAACACAUCCUACAAAAUUGGCACUAACAUCACAUUUCAAUGUAAUACAGGCUACACAUUGAAAGGAAAUAGCCAGUUGCUGUGUCGUGUUGAUUUGAAGUUUGAUAGGAAUCCACCAACAUGCGAUGUCAAUAUGUGUCCAGAUUUCGGGGUUAUAGAUCAUGCACGUAUUUUCCAAGCCACAGAUGGAGGAAUAGAAAAUGAUUAUGGAAGCGUAGUUAAAGUAACCUGUGAAGACUCUUAUGUGCUGGAAGGUCAUGCUUCCGUGUUUUGCCAGAGUGAUGGAACUUGGGGCCCAAAACCGACUUGCAAACCAUUAGAUUGUGGUACGUUCCAUGGGAUGAAUUCAACCUGCGUGAAUGACUUUGUACUGCUUGAUACUCUGUAUUACAUGGAAUGUAAGACUGAUGUCCCAAAUACAAGAAUUGGAGCGGACAGCACCAGUGCACCUAAUGAAUGUGAGGAAAGGUCUCGGAAAUGGAUGUAUUCACAGUUUGGAUGCUUUUGCCAUUGCAAAAUUUUGUACAAUAAAUACAUUGUGAAAACAGAAAACCUUGAUACAAAUGAUUAUCUGCAACACGACAUUGAUUUGAAGUGGAGUUGCAAGAAGGGUUGCACGAAAAACCAAACUAAUGCUCUGAGAUGCAUGGAUGGACAGAUGGAAAUGCCGUCUUGCACCUGCGAUGCUAACAUACAUACUGGUGAACCUUACACGACUGACAGCACUACUUAUCCAAGCGUUUUUAAGACUGCAACAUCAGAUAGAGUCACCCUUCAACCCGAGGAAGUCAAUUCAAUUCAGCCAGUAAUUGUCACAGAACAACAACAUCAUGGUGGAGACGCAGAGCACCACACUACUGCUCAUCAUGAGAACACUACAGAGACUCCCCAUGCCAACGUUGAAGAGGCACAUCAUGGCAGCAAGCACCAUGAAGAGAAUGCAACAAAACAUCACCAUGAAAGUGAGCAUCAUGGAGACAAUGUAACUGAUAAACACCAUAACGCUGAUCACCAUAAGCACCAUCAUUCACGCUCUAAACACCAUGACUCACACUCGAAAGCACAUGAUUCAAGCUCAAAAUCACAUGAUUCAAGCUCAAAAUCACACGAUUCACGCUCAAAACACCAUAAUUCACGUUCAAAACACCAUGAUUCACGUUCAAAACACCAUGAUUCAAAGUCUGACUACCACGAUUCAAAGUCUGAUCACCAUGAUUCACGCUCCAGACACCAUGAUUCACGUUCCAAACACAAUGAUUCAACGUUUGAUCACCAUGAUUCUAGCUCUAAACACCAUGAUGAACAUCAUAACGCUGACCAUCAUCAUCACCAUCAUCAUCACCAUAGUUCUGAGUCUAAGCACCAUGGUUCACAUUCAGCGCACACUGAUUCACAUUCAAAAUCACACGAUUCAAGAUCAAAUUCACAUGAUUCAAGCUCACAAUCACAUGAUUCAAGCUCAAGAUCACAUGAUUCAAGCUCCAAACACCAUGAUUCAAAGUCUAACCACCAUGAUUCAAAGUCUGAUCACCAUGAUGCACGCUCCAAACAACAUGAUUCCAAGUCUGAUCAUCAGGAUUCAAAGUCUGAUCACCAUGAUUCAAAAUCUGAUCUCCAUGAUUCAAAGUCUGAUCACCAUGACUCAAAGUCUGAUCACAAAGAUUCUCGCUCCAAACACCAUGAUUCACAUUCCAAACACCAUAAUUCAAAGUCUGAUCAUCAUGUUUCAAAGUCUAAUCACCAUGAUUCACGCUCCAAACACCAUGAUUCACGCUCCAAACACCAUGACUCACGCUCGAAACACCAUGGUUCCAAGUCUGAUCACCAUGAUUCCAAGUCUGAUCACCAUUAUUCGAAUUCUGAUCACCAUGAUUCAAAGUCUGAUCACCAUGAUUUUAAAUCUGAUCACCAUUAUUCAAAGUCUUAUCAUCAUGAUUCCAAGUCUGAUCGCCAUGAUCCUAAGUCUGAUCAUCAUGAUUCAAAAACCUAUCACCAUGAUUCUCACCAUGGUUCACGUUCCAAACACCAUGAUUCACGUUCCAAACACCAUGAUUCACGCUCCAAACACUAUGAUUCCCAAACUGGUCACCAUGAUUCCAAGUCUGAUUACCAUGAUUCCAAAACUGAGCACCAUGAUUCAAAGUCUGAUCAUCAUGAUUCAAAAACUGAUCACCAUGAUUCCCACCAUGAUUCACGCUCCAAACACCAUGAUUCACGCUCCAAACACCACGAUUCACCCUCGAAACAUUCUAACGACCACCAUGUUUCACACUAUGUUCACCAUGAUGCAAAAUCAAAACAUCGUGAUGACAAGGCUAGUUCAGGUCAUGGUUCAGUUCACAACGGGAAAGUUGAUGUCAAUAUUGACGUAGAAAUCAAUAAUUAGACUGUGUCUGAUUGGAAUUGUAGUUAUUUUAAAGUAAAGCUUUGCUCUCUUUCCCUGCUAUUAGACUGCUUUAAGGAAUUUAAUUUAAAAUGAUUGCAGAGUGAUAAGGAACGAGUCUUUGUAUAAUUUUCUUAUUAUCCAUAUUUAUAUAGCACUAUAAUAUAAAAUCUACAUUCAAUAGUUCUUUACAAGUAAAACAUCUAAAAUAAACAUUACAAUAUUAAUAAAACUUAAAAUACAAUACAUCUUUCAUGUAAAUUUAAAUGCAAAAUUGACUGAAAAAAUCUUGUAGAGAUAAAAAUGCAUUAACUUAUAGAAUGUUAAAGGUGUGACUAAUGUAAAAGUAUGGUCUCUGAACUCGUGAUUGAUGAGUAUUUUUUAGAAAUAUUUUUAACAUUAACAACAUAAGUUAAGAUUCAGUUUUAACAAGUUUAUAUAAUACAUGUAAGUUUAUGUCUUAUUUUGAAUGUAUACAACCAAUAAUUCUCAAAUGUGUUCCUUCUACAUACGUUUUUUUUAUAAUGCAUGUUUUUGAAAUAUUGUAUUCCAUAUCUGUAUUUGGCCAUUAUAUAUGCAUAGCAAAAUAAAGCAAUACAGUAAUA